AAGAUCACUUUCUUACUUCACCUGCAAGUCGAGACUCUCUCUCUCUCUCACCUGCAAGUCGAAACUCUCUCUCUCUCUCUCUCUAUGGUAAUGGCGGGGUGUCUACAGACCCUAUGUUUGAGACCUCCGCCGGCCGGGGCUGGUUCUGUUCGUCUCGGGAAUCCACAAUUUCCGGCAACCAAUCUUGCCUUUGGUCAUACCUUUAAGUCAAAUCCCUACCCAUUAUUUCUUCGGAACACCCUAUCGAGUUCAAGCCCCAUCAGAGCAGGUCAACCUUCUGAUCAGGUUGGUGGUAACCCGGAGCAAUCCACUGGGGCUUCUGGUUUUGCAACUGCUUUGAAUUGGAAGAAUAAAUUGCUAAGUUUCGCGUUGGAGAAUUUUCUUCCGUUAGCUCUUGUUGGUGGAGUGCUCUUAGGGCUAGCAAAUCCUAAUCCUGGCUGUAUAGCUGAUCGAUACCAUCUGUCAAAAUUUAGCGCUUUUGGAAUAUUUAUCAUCUCCGGUUUGACUUUACGCAGUGAAGAAAUCGGUGAGGCUGCAGGAGCAUGGCAAGUUGGAUUUUUUGGGCUAGUUUCUAUCUUAUUGUUUACUCCAUUCUUUUCAAGGCUUAUUUUGCAAUUCAAUCUCCAACCUCAAGAAUUUGUAACAGGACUGGCUAUAUUUUGCUGUAUGCCAACUACAUUAUCAAGUGGAGUAGCUCUAACUCGGCUUGCCGGAGGGAAUUCUGCUCUUGCACUCGCAAUGACCGUGAUAUCUAGUCUGUUGGGAAUUCUGAUAGUGCCCUUUUCUGUCUCAAUGUUCAUAGCUGGUGGAGUUGGUGUAUCAGUCCCUACCAAGAAGUUGUUCAGAAACCUUGUUCUAACACUUCUAGUUCCUCUUAUUUUCGGAAAGGUUUUUCGAGAAUCCUUCAAAGGUGUGGCAGCCUUUGUUGAUCGCAAUCGCAAGCUUUUGUCUGUGAUUAGUGCACUCUUCCUCAGUUUGGUUCCAUGGAUACAGGUGAGUACGUCAAGGACACUGCUGUUAAUGGUUGAGCCUACAGUUUUUCUCACAGCUGUUGGGAUGGGAAUGCUCCUGCAUCUCAUACUCUUAGCUUUUAAUGUUGUUGCAAUACGAGGACUCUCAGCUAUCUCUGGUGGUAGCAAAUCAGUGUUUGCAAAGAGGGAAAAUGCAAUUGCUCUUCUACUUGUUGCCAGCCAGAAAACUUUGCCUGUGAUGGUAGCAGUUGUGGAGCAGCUUGGCGGUGCACUCGGUGAUCGUGGUUUGCUUGUUCUUCCUUGUGUUGCUGCCCAUCUGAACCAGAUUAUAAUGGACUCGUUUUUUGUAAACUUAUGGCGCCAAAAGGAAAAAGACUCACUUGACAAUGCCAAAUUAGCUUGAGAUUGGAAAAGAAGAUCUGGACCAUUCCCAUUCAAUGGAACUGAUUAUCUUUGAACUGUGUAUGGAUAUGACCAAGGUGACUAAACGUUUCUUCUUUGAUUGGUCAUUUAGAGUUCAUUUGGCAUCUCUAUCCCUCCAUUUACAUCUGUAUCUCAUCUCAUGUUUGCACUCUAGUGUCUAUACAAGAUAAAUAUUUGAUCAAUUA